GCAUCACUAUACAGGUGGCUUAUUUCAGAUCAGAUAUAAUAUUACACUAUUUAUAAUUGACAAGCACUCACCUCUCAAUACAGAGCGCUGAAACAAACAUAACGUGCAUGAAGAAGGAUUACUUAAGCUGUUACGGAUAACGAAAGUGGUUUUGAUAAGAACUUUACCACACAGACGAGUAAUUAAUCACGAUGUCUGCUGUUCUGUCAGAAAUCGGUAAAUAUUAACACUGCCAAUCAUUACUGGGGUGUGAUAAAGUUAAUCUGCCGUGUAAAUGUCACGUUAUGUAUGUAAAGGUAUACAGACCACGGCAGCUGAACUACACAACAGGUAUCGGCCAUGUUGUAUGAUGUCCAUUUCUCCUACGUAAAGUGGAUAAAAGGGAUGUAAUGUAUUACUCAUAGUUCUCAUUAGAAACUGACGAGAUGGAAAACAGUGUUUCAAUGUAUCAGUGUGAAAUGUUUUUACGUGAAUAGUGAGAAAUAAUAUAGUCUGUGAAUGUAAAACAGACUGACACCUGAUUGGUGUAAAAUAACGAGUCUAUUUAUAUGGAGAAUACUCAUUGGAUUCUGUCAUAGAUAAACAGUUCUGGUAGACAGCAUGAGAUUAUUACACGUUAUGGUAACUUUCUGAUCAAUAUUUCGACACGCUGGAGUUACUGCUGUCAAGUCGUAAAGAAAAAGAUCAAUCGUGUUAUUAAGAUACCGAGAUAGGUUAAAGCAGCCAUAACGAAAGACAACGUGUGACGUCAGCAGCACUGUAUGCUUCAGUGAAGAAUUGCUGCGAAAAUGGCAGAGGACAAUGCCACCGAAUUGAUAUCAUUGAAGCCCGAAUUUUCCUGGAAUGUGUUGAACAGUGACGUAGACAGAAGUCUACUUCCGGUGACCGUAAUUCUGGGAUUUUAUCUUCUAGCAGGAGUAAUCGGAAACUUUCUAGUUGUGUUUAUUUACGUGUUUAGAUGGGAAGCACCUACCACCGACCGGUUUUUCGUCCCUAUAUUGGCUGUUCUAGACAUGUCUGCAUGCCUCGUGUCUGCCGGAGUUGGGAUUUAUGCAAAUAUGAAUAUUGUGAGAUUUCGUAGUGAUGUGCUGUGCAGAAUUGUGGCCUUUCUAGGGAUUUUUUUCGUGAAGAUGUCCGGGGAUUUGCUGGCCAUAAUUGCGGUAGACCGGUUUUUAAAGAUCAAUAAGCCAUUUGAAGACCAAAUGUCAUUUCGAUGGAAGAAAAUCUCUGUGGUGAUUAUGAGUAUAACAGGCUUACUUAUGGCGGUACCAGCUUUGUUCACGUACGGGACAAUACCAUUAGAACACCCCGGUACACGGGACAGAGGCUGUCUGUGUGCCAACAGCAACACCCCGCACCGUCAACAUGUGUCUUUGGAGUGGAGUCUCAAAGUUUGUUAUCAAUUUGUCAUGUUGGUCGACGUUCUCGCUCGGUUCAUAGGACUGGCCGUAUGUUAUUUCCAUAUUGGAAAGAGAAUGUAUAAACAUUCAAAAUCACGUAUUCGACGAGGGUUACAACAGGGGCAAAGUAUUUUGAACAGACCUAUAUGUAAUAACGUAGAGCGACAACAAGACUAUGACUCAAUGAUAACAAACGGAAAUGCUGCAAGGGAGACUACACCAUCAACAUGUGUUCGACUUUCCCGUCAGAGCAGCAGAUUUGAUUGUCAAAGAGUGCGUCUUACCAUGAUUUUUAUGUUAAUAACUCUGAUAUACAUUCUGACUAUGGGACCUAAACUGGUGAUUAUGAUAGCGGAUUCCGUACUAGAACAUUUCUGGACGAUUGAACCAACACCUAAAUUCGGAAUAAUGAGAUUUCUGUAUACUUUGUUCAUUUUCAAUAACGUUGUAAACCCGUUUAUAUAUGGAUUCCUCGAUAGAAGAUUUAGACGUGAAAUGUAUAAAUUGUUUAACUGUUUCCGUAGAUGAUAUCCUAUCACGUGACUAGCGCGUGAUAUUCUAUAAAUGCUUUCAUGUCAUUAAACGAGAAAAUGUUGCAUGGGUAUAAUAUGGAUUUCAUCAAGUGAAAAGUCAAUGUUUUUGAUAUUUCUCCAGCUUUUUAGAUAUUGGCAUAGUGAACUAAGAUUUCAU